AUGGCCCCUCUCGUCUCCUCCCUCGCCCUGCGCACGCUCCGGACUCUUGUCCAGCGUCCCGCCGCUAUCAAAUCCACUACCUCCUGCUCCAUCACCACCCUCGCCGCCGCUCCCCGACGACCUUUCCAGCCCGUCCUCCGCACGCCCACUGCAGUUGCUGCUGCAAGCAAGAUCUCCGUCACAUCCUCUUCUUCCUCCAUUCUCCGGCAAUUCUCCACCUCCCCGUUCCGCCAGGCUACCUACAACCAAGUGCGGCGCGGAUGCCGUACUGCGCAGCGCGCACGUCGCUCUCGGUCUCCGGCGCUGAUCGGCCGGUCUCAGAUGAAGGGAGUGUGUUUGAAGACGGGUAUUACGAAGCCCAAGAAGCCGAACUCUGGUGAGCGGAAGACGGCGAGAGUUAGGUUGAGUAGUGGGAAGGUUGUUACGGCUUAUAUUCCUGGUGAAGGACACAAUAUCCAGCAGCACAGUGUCGUUAUGGUGCGUGGUGGUCGUGUGCCUGAUUGUCCUGGUGUGAAGUACCAUUUGGUUCGUGGUGCGAUGGAUUUGGGUGGUGUUGCUUCUCGGUUGAACAGUCGGUCGAAGUAUGGUACGAAGAAGCCUAAGAAGGAUUAG